AUGGAUCACUGGGGCGACCCUUGGGCCGACGAUGCCGACGUAGACACACACACGACCAUCGCGACUCCCGCGGAGGUAGCCACCGAGCCAAGACCGCCGCCGAACGCCGCACAUACGCCUGAAUUCAAGCCUGCGCCAAUUGUGGUGAAUGGCUUUCUGGAUGAUGCGGGAUGGGGAAGUAAUGCGUGGGCGACGACGCCGAGUCCGCGGGAAGAUGGCGAUGACGGCGCCUUUGGUGGAAGGGAAGCUGAAAGGAAGCUGAGUUGGGGUGUGCACACUGCGCAAGAAGAGAAGGAAACUAUACCAGUGAGGGACGAUGAUGGUGGUUCCAAUGCGUGGGCCACGGCGCCGGGAAAAGAGGAUGCAUCUAUCGAUGCAGGAACGAACGGAGUGGAGCACACGGCAGACUGGGAUGCGCCUAGCCCACACGAUGAGUAUACGCGCCCGGACAGCUUACAACACGAAGUAGGGAACGAGUGGGCCAGAAUCGAGGAGGUAGUGGAGGAGUCCAAGGUCGUAGAGAAUGGCGUUUCGGAAACGUCGGAAUCGGCGACGACAAUCCAGGCAGAAGACACGCCUGCGCGAAUCGAAUCAGAAGAACCAAUGGAGGUUUCGCGCGAAGACGAUACAUCUACGCGGUCUUCGGAAUCUCAUUCUGAAGGUAGCCGUAACGAGGCGGUCACUGAGUCGCCGAGGACAUCGGUCGAAGAAGAGCAAGCGGCUGUGAAAACCGUGGAGGCAAUACAUGAGGAUGUAGAGGACUCUUCGGAUCUUGGAGAUCCUACGGAGCAGCAGGAAGUGACCGUGCAGGAGGUGGAGGAUGAUUUUGGUGACUUCGAGGAUGAGGUGGCACAAGAGGCGGCUGAGACUCAGCUGGGCGUGGAAUCGACCUUUGGUCAACCGGAGUCAUUUUCUAAGAACAUCCAGGACGACAUGGCUAGCGAUGCGCAAAAUCCACCAACAGAAGCCUUUGCGACCAUUCCUACAGGUCUUGUUGGCAACUUUACCUUGGAUGCCAAAUUGUUGGCAGAGUUGUUUCCUCCUGUGAAAGAUACUCCAACAUUAGAAGAACCGCCAGACGAUCCCGUAACGUCUACCUCGGCCCGCAAAGCUUGGUAUCGUUUGACGCGCAAGCAGACUAUGCGUGAAUACAACAACGGAGCUCUCGACGACAACUACAUUCGCGUAACAUGGAAGACGUCGCAAAUUAGAUUAGAAGCGACCAAGACUGUAGCGCGAUGGGCUAACGAAGACCGCGUUGCGGGACGUGGACCAGGCGCACGAGCGUCGUUCUUCUGGGAUACUCCUCACUCUCCAACAGAUAAGAGGACCUCUUUUGCAUCUCUUCAUAGUAGAAAGACCUCAACAGCCUCAGUAUCGAAACCUGUCCGUCCUGUUAGCCAAACUGUCCCGCCACUAUCGACCGAUGUUCCUGCUGCUUUUGAUUGGAGCUCACCCUCUUCGGCCACGCAUGCAGUCCCGGACAAUAUUGGUGUGCGAUCAACAUCCUCUCCUAUAACGGCGAAGCAUAAUGCAAUCAUGAAGCUACAAAGGCAAACCGGAAGGGCGGCUUCUGUGGAUUUAUCUUCUCGUCGGAAAGAGCCAUCGUCACAUAGGAGGACAUCUACUGCCACUGAGCUUCGUCAUAACGGCGCACUAACAGCGGAAAACCGGUCGAAUAUCUCACCGAUCCAAGCACCAUCUAGAGCGAGUCUCGAUCCGUGGGCCCCAACGACUACAUCAUCACCAGUAGCAUCCAUUCCGGCACCAGUCAGCGACCAGAUUAACCCAUGGGCCAGUCUCGGACAGCUGGACACGGGUUCUGCUCCUAAGCUAUCCUCAACUGCGCAAGACGAAGAUGAUGAUGAUGAAUGGGGUGAGAUGGUGGAAUCGCCCGCCGUGUCGACAGUUCAGACGCCCAUCUCCACGAUAGCACCCACGCCUAUUGCCGAGCUCUCAGAACCGCCAACACGUGCUAAUACCGUGUCUGCACCUUCUACAUCACUGGCAUCCGCGCAACCAUUGCCACCUCAACCGCUACCUCCGCCAACCGGGCCAGGACAUGCGUCUGCUAUUGUGCGUUUGCAGGGCACCGUCUCACCUACUUCAGCGCUCUUCGGGCCUAAGGCUUUAGUACCUACAGACUCUGAAGAGCGCAUCGGACCACAUCUGUUGAAGAAGCGGGACAGAUCGAGAGAGGCAACGCCGGAGAAGGCGAAAGCGGUGCCUGUGCAGAUGCCGACGAUGGACGAGGUACUGAGCCAACCGCCGCCUGCGAACAAGGAAUUUAUUGAGGGGAAUGGAGAAACCGAGUUCUCGGCUACGGCGAUGCCUGCACCUCUUCCAGAAUCUGACACUGGUGCACCUAUUGGCGAAGAAGAUAAUCUUCCCAUCGCUGACUCCACCCCCUCACUAACUCCGGCCUCAGCUGCAGAUCAACCCAACUGGGGCGACGACGCCGACUUCUCCAUCUUCGAGUCCGCCCUUCCUCCAUCAAUACCUACCACUGCACCACAGUCCCUGGCAGACAGCGAUCCCGCAGAUCCCUUGUCGAUAUUCGACUCCCCUAUACCCUCCGAACCAUCGGCAUCCUUCGCGCGAUCAGCACCACGGCCAGCCACACCGCCGACGAAACAGCCCCUCACAAGCGCGACGAGUUUGGCGCAGAGGCGGAAAGCUGAGGAAGAUGAUGUUGUUAGAUCGAUUGUGGAUGGCUUGCCAGACUUGGGAUAUAUGUUGCUCGAGAAUACAUAUCUAUUACCUCGACCGUUCAACAACACGUUCAGACAUCCAUUUGUGGAUGCCAAUCUAUCCGACCCGGAUAUUACUCGAACGAUCGACGCUGCGCGAAGCUCGCCCUUCAUCUCGUACGAUGAAGAGUUUGAUGAGAUUCUGGGGUUCUCGCCUCAAGUUCUACUAGUAGCGAAUAGCUCGGAAGUAUUCGCGUUCGAAGCUGGAGUAUGGGUUCCACAUCUUAAUCAGGUGUGGUUCACUGCUUUCCUGAACCCUACGCCCGGAUACAUCACCAUACUGGACUUGAACACUUCCAAGACUUUCAGGCCGAGUCUAAUUGGAAGUGGCGCUCCAGUGCUCGUCAAUCCUAAUGGCGGAUACUACUUCGAUGGGCUUGUUUACAUCACCUCAUUCGGCAACGCAACAACCGCGCCCACUAUCGUGUCAAUCGAUCCGUACACAUAUGAAACCAAAGAAGUAAUCAAUUCGUUCUACGAGCUGCCUUUGAAUGGCCCGGAUGAUAUUACAUUCGCCAUGUCCAGAACUACCGGUCAGCCGUGCAUGUUCUACAGCGACUUCUACUUCGCCGCAGAAGGUCUCCCAGGCGUUUGGGACGCACCACAACAGCUUCCAAACGCGGUCUGGAAGUUUUCCAUGGCGGACAAAAGCUUACAAAUGGCUGUAUCGCCGCUCGACGUGCAGACGCCUAAUGGACUCGCCGUCAAUCGCGAAAACACAUUGCUCUACGUCUCGGACGGACCUGACUCCGCCGUAUUUGGGCAACCGUACAACGCGUCCUCAGGCUCGGCAGGACUUUACGUCUUUGAUCUUGGUGGUGAGGACGGCUGUACGCCGCAGAACAAGCGUAUACUUGGCAUAGCUCGACAAGGGUUUGCCAAUGGGAUCAAAAUCGAUGACUACGGGCGCAUUUGGACGUUUGAAUACGAAGGCGUAGUUGUGAGGAAACCAAACGGCAAGGUCUUGGGUGUAUUGAAUAUCCAUAACAUCCUGGGCAGGGAUAGCCCAGAUGUUGCCCCCGGCGCGAAUUUUGCUCUUGUGAGCGAUGAAUUGUACAUCUUGGGGUUUUACAAGGUCUGGAAGGUGAAGCUGGGGCAGGUUGUGAAGAGCUGGUACUGA